AUUUUGCAUAAAGCCCUAGACCUGAAAAAAAAAAAAAUCGAAUCUUUGAGCUAUCGUGUGAUCUUUGUCUUUCGGUGGCGAGGGAGAGAAGCAGCGGCUCCUUUCUCCAAUCCCUCGACCAUGGUGAACGUUCCGAAAACAAAGAAGACCUACUGCAAGAACAAGGCCUGCAAGAAACACACCCUUCACAAGGUUACCCAGUACAAGAAGGGCAAAGACAGUAUUUCUGCACAAGGAAAGCGCCGUUAUGACAGGAAACAAUCUGGUUAUGGUGGACAAACCAAGCCUGUUUUCCACAAAAAAGCCAAAACUACCAAGAAGAUUGUGCUGAAGCUGCAAUGUCAGAGCUGCAAACAUUUCUCUCAGCACGCAAUAAAGAGGUGCAAACAUUUUGAGAUUGGCGGAGACAAGAAGGGGAAGGGAACAUCUCUUUUCUAGUUUUGCUUUCCUGCUGUUUGAGGGCUUGGUUCAAUUUCAUUCAGAAGUGGACCUGCUGGAAGUGUCAUUUUGCUUACCUAUUUUGCUUAUUAGGGACCAAGUGACUUAUCAGUAUAUUUUGUGAUUUCAUAUUGACUGUGAAGUUAUGUAGUAAGAUGCUUUUAUGAAUAUUUUCUCUUCGGUAAUAUAAAGAUGGAACAUGUUAUCUCAUUUACUA